UCCUCUCUUCUCCUCUUCUCUUCUCCUCUUUUCUCCUCUCUUCUCCUCUCUUCUCCUCUCUGUAUUAAACUGAAACAAACUCCGCCAUGGGCGCACGAGCCCUUUUCGAUCCGUGCACUCCUGACCACUUACGGCGUCUCCACGCGCUCAGACGCACGCGCUCCUCUCGCCUUCCCCUCCGCUCAUAAAAGUGCUGACCGGGACACCGGCUCUCUCGCCGCCCGCGCGCUCACAGAUGAAGUUUCCCGCCCUCCGGAGAAGCAGGAGACCCGCGGGCUCUGAGAGGAGAGGAGGCUCCCGGAGGAACGAUGCGAGUGCCAGUAGACAACAGCACCUUCCACUCCAACAUCCCCUUCGCUGCUGACAUCGCAUUAGGAGUGAUUUACUCCAUAUUUGGUGUGUGUUCUCUAUGUGGGAACACCAUGCUGCUCUAUGUGUCCCAUAGGAGGAAGCAUCUGCUGAAGCCAGCUGAGUUCUUUAUAGUUAACUUGGCUGUCAGUGACCUGGGCAUGACUCUCAGCCUUUACCCCCUUGCUGUGACCUCGAGCUUCCAGCACAGGUGGCUUUAUGGGCGGACGGUGUGUAUAGUGUAUGCCUUCUGCGGCGUACUCUUUGGAAUUUGCUCUCUCACCACUUUGACGAUUCUCAGUACUGUCUGCUGCCUCAAAGUGUGCUAUCCUAUCUACGGUAACAGGUUCGGUCAUGAGCAUGGCCGUGUGCUUAUAGUGUGCGCGUGGGCGUAUGCGCUGCUGUUCGCCUGUUCACCUCUGGCCCACUGGGGACAGUACGGGCCAGAGCCCUAUGGGACAGCCUGCUGUAUCGACUGGAUCUCAUCCAACAGAGACCCCAUUGACCGGUCCUACACAGCUGUACUCUUCUUCUGUUGCUACCUACUACCCUGUAUUGUCAUAAUCCUCUCCUACACACAUAUCCUGCUCACAGUGCGGGAGUCCCGUCGAGCUGUGGAGCAGCACAUUUCCCAGACGCGCAUGGGCAACAUUCAGACCAUCAUAGUGAAGCUCAGCGUGGCAGUGUGUAUAGGCUUCUUCACAGCAUGGAGCCCAUACGCUUUCGUCUCCAUAUGGGCUGCGUUUGGGAACAUAGAGGUCAUCCCACCACUGGCCUUUGCUGUUCCUGCUAUGUUAUCCAAAUCUUCCACCAUCUACAACCCCCUCAUCUACCUUCUGCUCAAGCCCAACUUUCGCCACCUCCUCUGCAAGGAAAUGCUCUCACUGCGGCAGGUAUGCGUACGCAGCUGUGUGGCCGUGUGUGUGCCCGAGGACAGCUGCCACCCCACACUGGCCCUGGGGCUGCGCACACUGAGACCACAGGGCCACUUAGCACCCAUGGGGCUGGGCCAUUGCACCUGUGAGAGGUGCAAUGACCCCUUUGAGCAGUUCAGGAACUACCCACGCCGCUGCCCUAUCAACGUGAAUACAGUGCAGUUCUCUGUACAGGACUGUGGAGUGCCUGAGGCACAACUAGAGCUGGAUCCAGAAGCAGCAGAAGCAGAAAUCAGGCUGGAGAGCUCCAAAAGGUGUUCAGCAGAGGCCAAGAAGGCAGUGCAAGUGCUUGUUAGAGGCAAGAAAAUCUCAGAGAUAGACAGCCUGGAGAUCACCUUGGAAACAAUGCCUGCUCCUGAUAAAGUAGCGAAAGCUUAUAAGUCCUGAAAAUUGCUCUGAUGAGGAUAUGAGCUUUUAACGUGUAUGUGUGAGCGUUUAUAUGAAACCUGGAAACAUUUUCUCUGAGGAUUUUCUUGCCCAAACUGGACACUUACCUGGCUGCUUUUUGGGGAGACAGUAUUGCAUGUUUUUAGUUCAGAUUUUGACUGCAUUUUUACGCUAGGUACAAUGUUUUUUUAGGACGUUAAAAAUUCUUAAGAAAACUGUAAGUGUGUGCAUGUGUGUGUAUGUGUGUUUGAAUUUGCAUUCAUCCCUGUUGGUUCAUUAAACCGACAAAAUGUUUUAAAUGAUU